AUGGUGGGGUACCGUGGAAAGAGGAGCCCCGUAGCAGAACCCGAACCCGAGGCUGAGCCUGGAUUCGUUCAAGGAGGAUUCCAUAGAGGAUUUGGAGGUUUUGGAGGAUUGGGAGGAUUUGGUGGCUUUGGCGGACAUGGAUUCGGAUAUGGAGGCUACCGUGAGGACCAGUUUGUUGUGGAUCUUUUAGUCAACAUCGGCUUCACCAGCACUAUCGCCGACACAAUGGCGUUCAGCGCAUUCUAUUUUUGCAAGAACUUUGACACAACGAUGAAUGACAGACCGGAAGAAACUUUCUUGGUUGGACUGAGCUCAAGGUCACCACCCACGUGUAGGACACUAGGCUUUCCUCAGUCAGAAUAUAAAUGGAUCCCUGAGUCUGUCUCAGCACAGUCGCCUCUCAAGCACUGCACGAUGAUGUCCAAGACGAUUAUCGCCACCUUAGCCGUGGUCCUUUUGGGGAUAGUAGCAGCUGAUCCUGUUGCUGAACCGGAAGCCGAAGCUGAUCCUGGAUUCCACAGCGGACUCCACAGAGGCUUCGGAGGAUUUGGAGGAUUUGGAGGAUUUGGUGGCCAUUUCGGUGGACAUGGAUUCGGAUAUGGAGGCUACCGUGGAAAGAGGAGCCCAGUAGCUGAGCCUGAAGCCAAGGCUGUGGCUGUGGCUGACCCAGAAGCUGAAGCCGAUCCAGGUCACUUUGGAGGAUUCCACCGUGGAUUCGGAGGAUUUGGUGGCCAUCAUGGAGGUGGCUUCUUGGGUGGAUUUGGAGGCCACGGAUUCGGAUAUGGUGGUUACCGUGGAAAGAGGAGCCCCGUAGCAGAACCCGAACCCGAGGCUGAGCCUGGAUUCGUUCACGGAGGAUUCCAUAGAGGAUUUGGAGGUUUUGGAGGAUUGGGAGGAUUUGGUGGCUUUGGCGGACAUGGAUUCGGAUAUGGAGGCUACCGUGGAAAGAGGAGCCCAGUAGCUGAGCCUGGAUUCGUUCACGGUGGAUUCCAUCGAGGAUUUGGAGGUUUUGGAGGAGGGUUCAGAGGAUUUGGAGGAUUUGGUGGAUUUGGAGGCCACGGAUUCGGAUAUGGGUACCGUGGAAAGAGGAGCCCCAUAGCAGAACCCGAACCUGAAGCUGAGCCUGGAUUCGUUCACGGAGGAUUUCAUAGAGGAUUUGGAGGUUUUGGAGGGUUAGGCGGAUUCGGUCAUUUCGGGGGAGGUAGAUACUAUGGUUAA